AGUUUCAGUUUGCAUAAAUAGCGGAGAGAAGACAGGGGGCAACAGAAGGGUCAAAGUGAGACAGGUGGCGUGUAAAAACACACAGGGUCGAACUUCUUUGGCUUUUCUCCGAAGACGCACAUCUGGCUGCGUAACGUCAGUUGUUGAGAGGUGUGUGUAUAUGUGUGUGUGCAGGUAAGCUAGCUGUGUGUGAAGAUGAGGCUGAGCGGCGUGCUAGUGUGCGUCUUCCUGCUUUGGGUUGAGGGGUCGUGGGGUGACACACCGGCCAACUGCACCUAUGAGGACCUGGUGGGGACCUGGGUGUUCCAGGUGUCCAAAGGAGGACGCGACAAGACCAUCAACUGCUCCGCUGAAGCGACGGGUGAGAGCACAGUGACUGUGACCUUGGAGAAACUGUCUGUAGCUACAGACGAGCUGGGGCACACCGGGUUCUUCACCAUCAUCUACAACCAGGGCUUCGAAGUGGUCAUUAAUGGCUACAAAUGGUUCGGCUUCUUCAAGUACUCUGAAGAUGGCUCUGUUGUGACCAGCUACUGUGACCAGACCCUGCCAGGGUGGGUCCAUGAUGUCCUGGGAAACAACUGGGCCUGUUUUGUAGGGAAGAAAGUGAAACCAGUACUACCACGAAAAGAUUACAAACCACUCUUCAGCAGCAGCAGCAGGUUGCUCCAGAGACCUUACAAACACAACCUGGACUUCAUUGAUGCCGUCAACUCAGUUCAGAGAUCCUGGAAGGCUGUGCACUACCCGGAGCAUGAGAUGUACACUCUGCAGCAGCUGCACUACCGAGCAGGGGGGCCCGCCUCCCGUAUCCCCAUGCGUGUUCGCCCUAUGCCCGUGAAAGCUGAUGUAGCCAAGAUGGCGGCAGCCCUACCGGAGCGUUGGGAUUGGAGGAACGUUGACGGUGUUAACUUCGUCAGCCCUGUGCGAAACCAAGCCUCAUGUGGUAGCUGCUACUCCUUUGCCACCAUGGGAAUGCUGGAAGCUCGUGUUCGAAUCCUCACCAACAACAGCCAGACUCCCAUCCUCAGCCCGCAGCAAGUGGUCUCCUGUUCUGAGUAUUCUCAAGGUUGUGAUGGUGGAUUUCCAUACCUGAUCGGGAAGUAUGCGCAGGAUUUCGGCCUUGUGGACGAGUCAUGCUUUCCAUAUAUUGGCAAGGACUCUCCGUGUGGCCUUCCACAAAACUGCGGCCGCAUCUACACGGCAGAAUACAAGUACGUCGGUGGAUUCUACGGCGGCUGCAGUGAGAUGGCCAUGAUGUUGGAACUGGUCAAGAAUGGACCCAUGGGAGUGGCCUUUGAGGUCUACCCUGACUUUAUGUACUACAAGGAGGGCAUCUACCACCACACAGGCCUCGCAGACAACUUCAAUCCCUUUGAGCUGACCAACCACGCUGUGCUGUUGGUGGGGUACGGCCGCUGCCACAUGACCGGACAGAAGUACUGGAUUGUCAAGAACAGCUGGGGCACCACCUGGGGCGAGGACGGCUACUUCCGAAUCCGCCGGGGAAGUGACGAGUGUGCCAUCGAGAGCAUCGCAGUCGCAGCCAACCCCAUCCCCAAACUGUAGAAGCUCAGGAUGGGAGGAACGGGUGUCUUGAUGAUGAGUCUCAAUAGUGCAACUUGGAUGUAUUCCUCAUGUAGCUUAAUUGUUUUCAAGCCAAAAUCUGUAGAUUUUCACAGCAGGUGACAUCUUGUCUGUUGUCCUCCAUAAUCCAUCUAGCAGAACAUUAAUUAGAUUUCCCCAGUUGAGGGUUACUCUGUUAAAGUUCAUUAUUCAGAGACUGUAGAUUUAGUGAAUGUUGGCAAAUAUCAUCCUAUGUUAAUUAUAAGCAGGAAAGGAACACAAAAGUCUGCCAGUCUGCCACGUUGCUGUAAUGUUUCCUGAUUUCAACAAUCACUGAUUAGCUGCCUAAUGAAUGAUUUCACUCAAGCUGUUACUGCCGAUAUAAACACGGAAUCACAAUGGAUUGAUACAUACUGUGACAAAUCAUGGUUUGUAGUUCUGAUUUUAACAUUUUAAAGGGAACUGACAACUAAAAGAGUUGGUGUUUGUGCAGGACCUUGAUUCUUUCUCUCAGGGAAGCACAGUGGAGAACUGUAAGAUCUUCUGUCCUGUGCAUCACACUGAAACAUGCCAUGUUUCCCUGUGGAGCAUUUUUAAAGGGAUUUCUUAAUCAAUUAAAUAAGGGAUCUAACUGAUUGUUCCUUGUGCCUUUUUUUUUUUUUU